CACCAGACAUCUUGGAUGAGGGCCCCCCUUGAGAGGGAAAAUGUGCAGAAGAGAACCUUUACUCGAUGGGUAAAUCUCCAUCUAGAGAAGUGCGACCCACCCCUAGAAGUUAAAGAUUUAUUCAUUGAUAUCCAAGAUGGCAAAAUCCUAAUGGCUUUGUUAGAAGUCCUGUCUGGGCGGAAUCUGCUGCAUGAGUACAAGUCCUCAUCCCAUCGUAUUUUCCGGUUGAACAACAUAGCGAAAGCACUUAAGUUUUUGGAAGAUAGCAAUGUCAAACUGGUUAGCAUCGACGCAGCGGAAAUAGCAGACGGCAACCCCUCUUUGGUUCUUGGGCUGAUAUGGAACAUAAUUCUCUUCUUCCAGAUUAAGGAGCUCACGGGCAAUCUCAGCAGAAACUCGCCAUCUUCCAGCCUGUCACCUGGCUCGGGGGGCACAGACUCAGACUCUUCCUUCCCACCCACGCCCACCGCGGAGAGGAGUGUGGCCAUAUCUGUGAAAGAUCAGAGGAAGGCUAUCAGGACCCUGCUGGCGUGGGUGCAGAGGAAGACGAGGAAGUAUGGCGUGGCGGUGCAGGACUUCGCGGGCAGCUGGAGAAGCGGGAUGGCUUUCCUGGCCGUGAUCAAGGCCAUCGACCCCAGCCUGGUUGACAUGAAGCAGGCUCUGGAAGACUCCAUGCGGGAAAACCUGGAGAAGGCCUUCCGCGUGGCGCACGAGGCCCUUCACAUUCCCAGGCUCCUGGAGCCAGAAGACAUCAUGGUUGACACGCCAGACGAGCAGUCCAUCGUGACUUACGUGGCACAGUUUCUGGAACAUUUCCCGGAGCUGGAAGCUGUAUGUUUGUUUCCUUACCUUAUUCCGGAAGCGGCCUCUGAUGAGUCACCGGGGGUCGAGUCUUUGGUGGACAGGAAGAUCAAUCAUUCGCAGACUUCGGAGAGUUGUCCCUCCUGGAACGGGGCGCCAGAGGGUGCGGCCGGUGGGGGGAAGGAGAGCCGUCCCCUUUCACCCCUCGGGGACAACGCGGUUAUGGCCGACUCCUUGGAGAUCAAGGUCCAGCUGCUGACCGUAGAAGCUAUGGCUGAGGAAGACUAUUUUGAAAGCACACCUUUAAAGGCCUCUAAGUUCAACAGCGACCUAAUAGAUUUUGCCUCAACCAGCCAGGCCUUCAAUGAGGUUCCUCUGCCUCGUGAGAAAAGACCUGUCGAGGAAGAGGUUCCAGAGGAUCACGCUGAGAAAUUGGGAAAGAGGAGAAGCAAAUCUGCGCACCAGCGCAAAGACUCGGAUGAGUCCCCAGAGAGGCCGGACAAGCAGGAACCCCACAAGGACCCUGGGCGAGAGGACCCAGGCUAUUCUUUGGCCCCCGAGGAGGCACCGGUGGAAAAAAAGCCAGAGGCGUACGAGAAGCCCAAGCGCAAGUCCGCGCGGCGCCGUCGGGGCGAGGACGAGGGGGAGGCCGCGGGGCCGCAGGGCCCGGACGGCGAGCUGCCCUCUGACCCUCCGAGUGGCAGCCUCAGCCUGGAGACCCUGCACAGCCGCAGCCAGGAAGGCCUGGACUUCAAGCCCUCCCCGCCGCUGUCCAAGGUCUCCGUCAUUCCCCACGACCUUUUCUACUACCCGCACUACGAGGUGCCCCUGGCUGCGGUUCUGGAGGCUUAUGCGGAAGGCUCAGAGGACCUGAAACACCGAGACCUGGAUCUGGAGGAGCCGGAGGACUAUCUGCAUGACCUGGGGGCCGGGGCCGAGGAGGCCAAGGAGGCCGAGGUCUCUUGGAACAGCUGUAGCUUCUCGGAGCCGGACGAGGAGGGCCCUGAGGCCAGCAUCCCGGCCCCGAGUACCGACAGGGGUGCAGGGGGCACCAGACCAGCCUCGGAGCCCGCACCCCCAGCCCCUCCAGAAGGCCACCAGCCAGGGGAGGCCGAAGAGAGCGGCCCUGUGGAGAGCCAUCAGUCCCAGGAAUCUGAAAACUCGGGAAACUUAGCAAACUCUUUAGAAGAAAAGGUAACGGGAGAGUCAAUCAGCAGUAAAAAAAAGGAAAAAAGGAAGCACGUGGACCACGUAGAAAGUUCAAUAUUUAUAGCACCCGGCACCGUCCGAUCCUCAGAGGACCUAGAAGGAGACACGGGUGACCACAAAGUCCUUUCCAGGACUAGUCACAGUGACUCCAGCAUUUACAUUCGACGACAUACUAACAGGUCUUUGGAAUCGGACCACUUUAGCUAUGUUCAGUUGAGGAACGCGGCAGAUCAGGAUGACAGAAGAAACCGAAUGUUAACCAGGUACAAUACUCAGAAGCUCACUGAGCUGAUAUUACAGUUUUAUGGCAUCAGAGCAGACAUGAAGAAGGAAUGCAAACAUACCAGGAUGUCUAUGAAAGCCAACAACUCUGGCGAAGCCGUGUUCCAGGAGAGCCAGAGCUCACAGAGCGACUCUCUGACCCAGUUUGUCCAGCAGCCGGAUAUGAUGUAUUUUAUUCUCUUCCUCUGGCUCCUGGUUUACUGCCUACUGCUGUUCCCACAGCUGGACGUCACCAGACUCUGAUGCGUGUGUCUGCAUAAUAAAAAAAGGCUCCUGAGCGGGGGGCAGGAGUCUUGUCAC